UUCUCGUCACUCUCCUUUCAAUACACCACCACCACCACCACCACCACCACCACCACCUGAGCGCCGACAUCCCACCUCCAGGGAAGCCACACGAUAGAGUCACAGCCCUCACCCGCAACACCUCACCUCACCGUCCCUCCUCCUCCUCCUCCUCCACCACCACCACCACUCGAUAUUCCGCGCGCUCCGCCACUCGUGACUACGCGCACUCCGCCCCCGCGAUAUGGAGCAACCGGAGCGCGGCCGCCCGGCCUCUGUCGGCCAGCAUCUGCACGCGACUCAAGCAUAUCAACAAGCACAGCAGCAACAGCAGCCACCGCGCUCGCUGUCACCGGCUCUCAUAUCGGCUUCCACCAUCUCCCCUUCCUCCUUCAACAACCCUCUCGAUGCGGCCAACCCCCUCUCUGGCACAUACGAUCCGACCUUCACCAACGACCCUUCACACCAAGCGCAAUACUUCUUUCAAGAGCAGCAGUCGCAGUUGGAUGCCUUUGCGGGACAACAGGCGUUCGCACAGUCGUCGCAAUCCCAUCCGGGACGCCAGUAUCAGUCGCUGCCGAACGCACACGACUUGGGUCAGAUCGCCGCCUCCGACCCAUUCCCCUCGUUGGGCAUCGUGACGCGCGCGACCUUCGACGAGACCACCGGCUUGGACCCGAGCCUCCUCGCCAACCUGGACACUUCGGGGUUGGAUCUGCUCCCCUCCCACUCGAGUCCCGCCAACAGCAACCACGCCUCGCCCAACGGCGCGUUCGACCAGAUGGCCGCCACCCUCUCCCGCGAGGGCUCCCUCUCCUCCCCACACCAUCUACAGCCGGAUCUCUCUCGCCGGCAGUCUCCCAGCCCGAGCCCCCAACAGUCGCCGAGCUUCCAGCAUGUCAGCUUCAACGACGGUCGACCGCGCAACCUGUCCGAAUCGCUCGACCCCCGGAGCGCAUUCUUCCCGCCGGGUCAGAACGAGUGGGUGAACAUGGGCGCAUACCAGCACAGGCGGAACCCGUCGGACAACUUCUCCGACGUGUCCUCCAACCACGCGUCCCCGUACCUGGGUCACCUCGACAGCUUCGACGCGAACAACUCCCAAGCGUCGCCGCUGCUCAACGCCAAUUCCGACCCCGCCUUCGACAACGGGCUCGGACUGGGCGCGUUUCAUCUUUCUCAGCAAAGCUUUCACACGCCGAAUGCCAGCCCCGGUCAUUCUCCGCUGCUGAUGCCGCAGCCCCAACAAGGUCUCCCACCCUUCACCGCCGAGAACAAUUUCGGCCUGGCGACAGGGAUCAAUGGCUCGUUCGGUCAGCCGGCCGACCUCUCCGAUCCGUAUGCUGUCAACGGCCAGGAGACGUUCCCCGCCUUCAAUCCGGCCUCGAGUCCGGGCGUGAUGAGCGACCAGAUGAGUCCACCUGCCAUCAACAUCGACUUCGUGCCGACGCAGCAUAAUCCCGCCCCACCAUUGAAGACGGAGAACUCGGACGACGCGCUGAUGCCUCCUGCUCGCAGUAAGUUUUCCCGAGUGCUCAUCGAGACGGUGUCCUGAAUGCUGACCCCGUGCUCCUGUCACACAGCGACCCGCGUCCGUGCGAAAUCCGACUCCCACGCCGGUUCACGGAAGAUCAACAUCGGCCGCGCGCGGUCCCCCUCCCUCCAGCCGGACGGCGCGAUCCUCGACGACAUGCUCAUGACCGACGGCGCCACCUCCGACCCCUCGCUCGGCCCGAACCAGCGCGGCCGUGGGAGCUCCACCAGCCACCGCUCGCGGAGCCACAGCAACACCUCGCGCUCGUCCGAUCGCCGGGACUACAUCCUCGACCUCGCCGAUCCCACCCGGCCCUCCCCCAACGGCUCCGGCGGCGGUGGGUCGCAGCGCGUCCAGAAACACCCGGCGACGUACCAGUGCUCCCUC